CCUCUCCAACUCUGCUCUCUCACUACUUUGCGCUUGUCUUUCUCUCUCUCUCUCUCUCUUCGAACUUUGGUUUUUGCUCUGUUUAUUCACCAAUGGCUACUGUUUGGAGGAGGUUGAUCAAGAGAGAGACGAUCCCUCGUAUCAGCCAAACCACGAGGAAGCUCUUCUCCACCGAAGCAUCUUCUUCUUUCGCUGAGAGACUCAGAAACCUUCCCAAAGAUUUCCCCUCCACUCAGGCUAAACGCGAUGCUUCUCUGCUCAUUGGAAGAACUCCUCUCGUGUUUCUCAACAGAGUCACUGAAGGAUGUGAAGCUUAUAUUGCAGCCAAGCAAGAGCAUUUCCAGCCUACUUGUAGCAUCAAGGACAGACCAGCUUUAGCUAUGGUUGCAGAUGCAGAGAAGAAAAAUCUUAUCACUCCUGGAAAAACAACAUUGAUAGAACCUACUUCAGGAAACAUGGGAAUAAGUAUGGCUUUCAUGGCGGCUAUGAAAGGGUACAGGAUUAUAAUGACAAUGCCUUCUUACACCAGUUUGGAGAGGAGAGUGACUAUGAGAUCAUUUGGUGCUGAGCUUGUCCUCACUGAUCCAACCAAAGGAAUGGGUGGAACCGUUAAGAAAGCUUAUGAUCUCCUUGAGAGUACUCCUGAUGCUCACAUGUUGCAACAGUUUGCUAAUCCAGCAAACACUCAGAUUCAUUUUGAUACAACUGGUCCUGAGAUUUGGGAAGAUACACUUGGGAAUGUUGAUAUCUUUGUGAUGGGAAUUGGUAGUGGGGGCACUGUCUCUGGUGUUGGCCAAUACCUUAAGUCUAAAAACCCUAAUGUCAAGAUAUAUGGAGUGGAGCCUGCUGAAAGCAACAUACUCAACGGUGGCAAGCCAGGUCCACAUGCUAUCACAGGCAAUGGGGUUGGAUUUAAACCGGAUAUAUUGGAUAUGGAUGUUAUGGAGAGUGUUCUUGAGGUUAGUAGUGAGGAUGCUAUAAAGAUGGCUAGAGAAUUGGCAUUGAAAGAAGGUCUCAUGGUUGGAAUAUCCUCUGGGGCUAACACUGUGGCAGCAAUUAGACUGGCCAAAAUGCCAGAGAACAAAGGCAAACUAAUUGUGACUAUUCAUGCGAGCUUUGGAGAGAGAUAUCUGUCAUCUGUUCUGUUUGAUGAGAUUAGGAAAGAAGCAGAAGCGAUGAAGCCAGUUUCAGUGGACUGAUUUGGUUUUGGUUUGGGUUGAUAUGAAGAAAAACUCUUUACUAUAUAAUCUUCAUCUUGCGGCACAAGAUUGUGACACAACCCACCAAAAAGUGUCAUAAAUAAUAUAUGCUUGUUUUAUAUUGAUGUUGAAUACUGGAAGAAUAAUUAUGUUAAUGUUUGAUAUUGAAAAUAAAAGCUUUUUCUGGUUC